UCUUUGAGAAUAUUAUUGUCAUUGUUUGUUGUGUUGACAGUUGAAGAAAAGUUUAAAACUUUCUUUGGUCUUCAAACGUGGUCAGUUAUGUAACAUAUCUGCUCACUAAAAAACGUGUUAUUGUUUCUGAGUAUUACUUUUAAGUAUUCAUUUUCAUCGUCGCGUAUUGAUAUAAUGAAAACUCCUCGAUGUGACAUAACAGUGAUUUCUGUUUGCUUGUGAUUAUUAAGACCACAAGAAGGCUACGCGUGAACUUUACACCGAGUCAAAUGAUUUCUUCUUUUGAAGUUAUCAGCGCGCGCGAGAUCUCUGGAGAUAACACACAGCGUCAUUGUCGCACAACAAAUCCUUAAUUACAGAAAGGGGGAUCGGGUGACUCCGGCAUCCAAUAGCUGGGGUCUCCAGGCGGCGAGGGGGUCUUUGAUCAAGAAAAUCCAAUUAUUUGUGUAUAUACAUUUCCCACAUAGUGAUUACUUCAUUAAUUGUCCCGCCUUUAUCCCCACCAGUCCCAUCCCCCCUUAAUAAUCAGCCCUUUUAUCCAGACCAACAAACACACCAUAGGAGCUUUGUGUGGAUUCAGAGGAUUUGCUUCCCCCUCUCAAAGAGCCGCUCUUCUUUGAUGAUUGGGCAGCGGCGAACUUCAAAGUCAUAAAUCUCACUCCUGACUGGCUGGCGGCCCACCAAAGUCCUUAUCAAAUCCUAAGAAGUGAUUCUUCACUCUCUCAGAUAGUCCGGGGAUAGCUGGAGGAGAGGAAGCGCUUUUCCACGAGAACGCCUUAUUUCGGCGCACCGAGUUUGGUUUGUUUGAAUUGGGAAGCUUGAGGAACUCGAGGAAGUGUUGCCAUGGCAGCUGUGGCUGUGCUGCGGAACGAAACACUACAGGCAUUUCUCCAGGAUCGCACUCCAAACUCCUCGCCGGAAAACAGCAAACAUUCUCCUUUGGCACUUUUGGCGGCUACGUGUAACCGGAUCGGUCACCAUCACGGCACCACUCCCACGGACUUUAUUCAAGUUCCCUUCGACAGCACCCUAGCUUCGCCCUCGCGGAUUUUCCACCCGUGGACUAACGAGGCAACCCCCCCGUCCACGCUUUCCAGCAAUUCUUCGUUUGGACUAUCCUCGAAAUCUCACCAGCUGGGUUCGUACACCUCCCACCAUGAGCUCCCGUUGACCCCUCCGGCCGACCCCACGUAUCCAUAUGACUUCUCCCCCGUGAAAAUGUUGCCGUGCUCCAUGCAGUCGUUACAAUCAUCUUGCCCGCCCACGUACGUCCCCGCGGUUACCUACGCAGCACCGACCCCGAUCCCACCCGCGAUGACCGGUUUCGUAACGGGACACUCGGGCCUGGUCCAUCAACAGCAGAGACAGCUGUCUCCGAACCCGGGGGACGAUAUACCGUGGUGGAGCCUUCAGCAAGGCAACCACGUCAACCACCCGUCAACUCUCGCCCCCCAUCGCUUUCCAAUCCAACGGGGUCUGGUGCUUGGACACACGGACUUUGCGCAGUACCAGACCCAAAUCGCAGCUCUUCUCCACACCAAAUCCCCGCUGGCCACCGCCCGCCGAUGCCGGAGAUGUCGGUGUCCUAACUGUCAAUCAUCCAGCUCAAGCGACGAGCCCGGGAAAAAGAAGCAGCACAUCUGUCACAUUCCUGGAUGCGGGAAAGUAUACGGCAAAACCUCGCACCUGAAAGCGCACCUGCGCUGGCACUCGGGAGAGAGACCCUUCGUGUGUAACUGGCUCUUCUGUGGGAAAAGUUUCACCAGGUCGGACGAGUUACAGAGACAUCUGAGGACUCAUACCGGAGAAAAACGCUUUGUGUGUCCGGACUGCUGCAAACGGUUUAUGAGGAGCGAUCACUUGGCCAAACAUGUCAAGACGCACCAGAAUAAGAAAAGCAAAAGUCACGAAAAGACAUCUGAAUAUGUGAAAAGAGAAGACUUGAGACCUGUGUAGUUGACUAUAGAUCGCUUUAGACUAGUGCAAUAAAAUCGUGACAAAGUUCAGGAUUCUAAUGAGGUGAAAUGUUGGAUUUUUUUCUUUUCUUUUUUUUAAAAAGUCAGUUCUUUUCAUUGAAACAGCUUCGUGAGACUUACUGCACUGGGAGCCUUCUUCGGACUUGUAAAUAUACUUUUCAAGUCGUUCACAGUUCCUAAAGGGACCCUGGAAAAUGUUUUGUAUUUCUGAGCUACCCAAAAACAUUAACAAGUUUUAACUUGUGUUGAAAUCCUUGUCUUCGGUGGAAGAUUUCUUUAUCCUGUAGAUACAUUGAUAGCUUUUGUUGAAUGAAAGUGUCCGUUUUUCGCUCCUUGUGGGGUGUCUAGCAUGCUAUUAAAAACAAUCUGUUACACCUAUGAAGUAAUGUGUGAAAAUAAAGAGUAUGACUUGUACAUUCCAUUUAAGCAAAGUGGUGAGAUGUAGUUGUAAAAACAGAAAUUAUUUUUUGAAGAGAAAAUCAGGGGUCAAAUGUGAAAUUUGAAGUUUUAUAGCGUGACAGAGAAACAGUGAAACUGUUGGUAAGUUGGUGACUGUGUAAAUGCCCAAACUGAACCAAGAAUAAAACACUUGAGUUUUAUCUUUCUGGUAUCAGCAACAUGUGGUGAUAUUAUUUUCCGCCCAAGACAGCAAUUUAUACAUCUUUAUAUGAUUUGAAAAACAAAGUCAGCCAAAAUGACAAUAAAGCAAGCAUUACAUUACCAUCACUGCAUUUUCUCCUAUUCAUUUAGACAUCUUUUCUUUUACACAAAAUAACAGAAACAGUCUGAAUCUGAACAUGUAAUU